CUUUUCCUGUGAACACGAGGAAAAGAUCAUUUUCAGAUGAUUCUGAUGAUUCUGACAAUGAUGUGGCCGAAAUAAUAACCGUAAAAGCUAUAGUGCAUAAUACAACCUAUGACAAAAACAACGACGGCCACGAGAAAAUGCCUGUUAACGUUAAUUUAAAUCAAUCAACUCGGGCCGCUGAAACGCAAUCAGAAGUUUGGGAUUUAAUUCAAGUUGACAAUAUAGAAAUAUUGAACGAGGACGAUAGCGAAAUGCUUCUUGCGUUCACACAUUCUCAGAUGGAAGCUAUUGAGGCAACACUUGCCAACAUCGAACAAAAUGUUCCUGAAAAUGCUGGCCAACCCAAUCGUGCAACAACUAGGGAGGAAAUUCAGCUGGAAAUAAACAGACUACGGAACACUAUCGACAGACUUCGAGCAGAGGCGAUUAGAAAUAAUAUAGGGCCGCUGCCUCUGGAAAUGCCCACAGUCACUUUAGAACUAUUAAGUGUUCGCGGAGCUAAUAGACGUCAGUAUGACUUUCCAGUGGUGGAAGAAGUUGCCGCCAUUUAUAAUAUAUUACCAGACACUCCAGCAACACCAAAUAUGCGUAUAUACGUACGUGAUCAACCGGGCAGAUUUCAAAACAUCACCGAACAAAACGAACUGCUUGAUCCCCUGGUAUUUCCCCUUUUGUUUCCUCGCGGUGAACCCGGUUGGCACAUAGGCAUCCCUUAUAGGAAUAAUGCACGCAAUGUAACUCUCUGCGAAUACUCUGCCUAUCGCUUAGCCAUCAGGGACAACGAACAACGAUUCCACUAUGGGGGCAGAUUAACUCAACAAUUUGCUGUAGCUUCCUACAUUAAAAUAGAAAAUAACCGCCUAAAAUAUAUAUUAGCCAAUCAAGAACGGCUAAGAGCGGCUGAAUAUGUAGGACUGGCAGAUUACCUUCACCGCACAAUACAAAAUAAUGACGAGGAAAACGAAGGCGCGACACUAGGAAGGAUGAUCAUUUUGCCUUCUACUUUUGUCGGCUCUCCUCGGCACCAACAACAAUUAUUUCAAGAUGCCAUGGCAGUAGUAGGUCGCUAUGGUACACCCAGUAUAUUCCUCACCAUGACCACAAGUACUCAUUGGAGGGAAAUUAUAGACAAUAUUCCCGGAGGUCAUUCAGCCAACGACCAUCCCUCUCUAAUAGACAGAGUAUUUCAGGGCAAAGUAGACGAACUCAUGGAAGACAUGCUUAAAUCCCAAGUGUUUGGUAUACCGAUAGCCAAUCUCUAUGUCAUUGAAUUCCAAAAGAGAGGGUUACCUCACUGUCAUAACUUACUGAUCCUAAGAAAUGAGGACAGAUUGACAGAUAUUUUAAAAAUAGACGCCAUGAUUAGUGCAGAAAUACCCGAUCCACAAACAGAACCUGAGCUAUUCCAAAUAGUAACUUCCUGCAUGGUGCAUGGACCAUGUGACAACCGUUGGAUCGUACCGUACAACCCAUACGCCCUACUAAAAUACAACUGCCAUAUCAACGUAGAGGCAUGCGCCAGCGUGCACAGUGUUAAAUAUCUAUACAAGUACUUUUUCAAAGGAGCAGACAUGGCACUCCUAAGAGUCAACAUAGAUAAUACAAACGAGUACAAUGAAGUAGAAAACUUCCUCAAUGGCAGAUAUAUGAGUCCAACGGAAGCCUGUUGGCACAUUAAUAAAUUUCCCAUGCACAAACAUUCUCAUACCGUAUAUCGACUAUGCGUACACCUACCAGAAAGACAAAUGGUUAGAUUCCAACCAGGAUUAGAAAUACAAGCCAUGCAACGCAAUGAAGUCACGCAAUUAACAGCUUGGUUUAUACUUAACCAAAAUGAUGCCGAAGCUCGGCAAUAUCGAUAUAUAGAUAUUCCUUACCAUUAUACAUGGGAAACACGCACCAAACGUUGGAAACGUAGACAGAGAGGUGCGGAUAAAAUCGUGGUACGAAUGUACUCAGUAAGCGUAAGGAACCAAGAACUGUACUACCUACGUUUAUUAUUGUUACAUGUUCAGGGAUCACGUUCCUACGAGGACUUACGCACAGUAAACAAUGUACUUUACGGUACUUUCAGAGAAGCUUGCCAAAACCGCAACUUACUAGCCGACGACACAGAAUGGAAAAGAGCCCUAAGAGAAGCUUGCGCAAGAGAUAUGCCUCAACAACUGAGAAAUAUGUUUGCCUUCAUGCUAAUCUUUUGCGAAAUUUCGGAUACGCGAGCGCUUUGGGAAGAAUUCAAAGCCCAUUUUAUGGAAGAUUUUCAGCGCCGCGGCCUAUCCGACGAGGAAGGGCUUCAAAGAACUUUACGAUCCAUUCAAACCGUUUUACUGUUGAACGGAACAAGGCUAGCACUCUACGGUUUACCAGAACCGGAAGAGAUAAGAAUAGAAGUCGAUCCCAUUAACGUAGAAACGGAACGACUAGAAGGUCAAGAAAUGUACGACAAUCUUAACCAAGAACAAAGAAUCGUAUGCGAAGCGAUAAUGACUGCCAUUCAUGAUCCCACCGAGUCCCGUCGACUUUUCUUAGUCGAUGCUCCAGCCGGAUCAGGCAAGUCGUACCUAUUUCAAACUAUUAUCACAAAACUACGCGGUGAAGGGUUGCCCGUUCUGGUAACCUCUCCAACCGGCAUCGCCGCAUCGCUACUAAAAGGAGGUCGUACUCUUCACUCCACAUUCAAAUUACCUUUCGACAUUAACGAAACGACAACAAGCGGCGUAACUCCACGUUCAGCGGAAGGUCGCUACCUAGCAACGGCUCCCCUCCUAAUAAUAGACGAAAUAUCGAUGGUUACAAACCUUACAUUCAAUAUUAUCGAACGAGCCUUAAGAGAUAUCUGCAACGAUAAUAGGCCUUUCGGUAACAAAGUAGUGUUAUUAGGAGGAGACUUUAGACAAACACUGCCAGUCGUUGUCGGAGGAAAUAGAUGUACCAUUGUAAACGCCUGCAUAAAAAGCAGUCGACAUUGGCCUCAGUUUUUAAACUAUAUAUUACGUACCAAUAUAAGGGCCGAAGAAAAUGAAGAGUUCUCCAGAUGGCUCCUAGACUUAGGCAAUGGGAUCUUAGAGCCACUGAGACGAACACCAUAUGGUAACAUAAUACAAAUUCCCCAUGAAUGCUAUGUCAACCGAAUAGAGGACAUUAUAGAGUUUUGCUUUGACGACGUAGAUCCUACGGUAGCUACCCUGAAGGCAAUUUUAGUACCUACUAACAAUUCCAGUCAUAGCAUUAACCAAACAAUUUUAAAUAAAUUACCGGGGGAAAGUAAAACUUACUUCAGCGCUGACAACGUCGAUAUCACUGACGAUCCAGCAGCCGAAGUAGCCAAUUACACAGUAGAAUUUCUAAAUUCCCUUACCCCUAACGGAAUGCCACCGCAUAAAUUAGUCCUAAAAGAAGGUGCUAUAGUAAUGCUUCUACGCAAUCUAAAUCUUAAAAAAGGACUGUGCAAUGGUACGAGACUUAUUGUGCGAGUACUAGGAGAUCAGUACCUAGAUGUAGAAAAAAUAAACAGUGUAGGCAGGCCUACUGGCGAAAGGGUAUUCAUUCCUCGAAUUGAUUUAAAGACAGCGGUUGACGUUCUACCUUUUAAACUUAAAAGACGACAAUUUCCGCUUCGUCUGGCCUACGCUAUGACUAUUCACAAAUCACAAGGGCAAACAUUCCAAAAAGUAGGGAUAUAUCUGGAUGAACCUGUCUUCUCGCACGGACAGCUGUAUGUCGCUUUCUCUAGGGUUAGAGAUCUACAAGAUAUUCAGAUAUAUAUAAAGGAAUCCUCGCAACAAGUAUUUCCUUCAGCUUAG